UCCACUCUCCACCGCAGUUUCGUCUUCUUCUCUUCACCGGUAAGGAGAAGCCGGCUCAGAUUUGACCCCUUUUUGCCGCUUCACUCCAAUAUCGAGAAUCGAGACUCUUGAUCGUCGGCUCCAGGAGAAUCCUUUCUUCUUCCUGUUUUAUAUGUUUUCUCUUUGUGGGGAUUAGUUGGCGAGAUUUAUAAGUCUAAUGGUUCCUAAGGGGAUAUAAUGCACGCUGGUUGCUCGACAGAAAGCCUCAAAGAAAUUUGUUUGCUGCCUGAUUACACUGAGACUUAAAAGUCUGAAGCUUUUUCUUGGGUAUUGAGAAGCUGGUCUUAGGCAGGCUCCUAUGUGGGUUGGAGUUAAACGACGGUGUGUUUUCAACUAAAACUAGCCUUCGAAUGGUGAGCUUGUCUCUUUCGAAUAAGAGAUACACUUACAUACACGAAAGUGAAAGUGAGCCAACUAGUGGAGCCAUUGACAUUCACCAUGUGAUCAUCAACGGAAGCAGAACAACUGGUUAUGGCCGUCGUAGGGGGCUUGCUUUCUUCCUUGUGCUUUUGGCGAUUUCUAUCUACUUUUUUCUUGGAAAGGAAAAUCCAGUUAGAACUCUUUCUUGGAGCUGCCUUUUCAGUGGGUUCUUUGUUAUGGUUCAAAGUCGGAAGUUUGUCAAGAAAGAAUCUGUUAUAAUCAUGCCAACCUUCGGGAUCCAGCUUGAAACUCAAUAUUUAAGUGGAAAAACUGUCUCCAGGUUUAUCCCUAUCGGCAAGAUCUUGAAGCCUGUGCUUGUCGAAUGUGUCACCCCCGUUACAUGUUAUUGGAGUCUCUCUUUAUUUCUGCGUGGCGAAGAGCAGCUUACGUUGGUGUUCAAGGAAUUGCGUCCGUCAUUGAAGAUGUUGGUUCCCAUUUGGAAGGCAUUGUGUGCUGUUAUUGGCACAGACGAAAGUGAAAUGAUAACUGAAGAAGAAGAACAUGUUGUAUCUGGUGAAGCAUCUACGUGAAAUAUUAUCUACUGCCAGUACAAGCAGACAGACAUGGGAGCACAGAAAUUGUGAGCUCGCAGAACUUGCUGACAUUUUUAUGUGAAAGAUGAUAGCACAUAUAUUUAUGUAGUGAUAGGAUAUUUAGUUUUAUAAAACUCGUGACAGGCUAACUUUUUUUUUUCAAUUCCACACUAGCUUUUCAUGACCUUUGGAUCAUUUCUCGAACUGUUUUUUUUUUUCUUUUAUUAA